UCUGCCCAGCAACUGGUGAUGUUGCAAUGCCCCCCCAUCCAGGGGGUGGGGCCCGAGGCCGAUGGAAGUCUCUGAAGGUCCAGAACCGAUCGGGUCUGGAGGAGACCGAGGCUCUGCUGAGGAUUCAACUGGACCAAGUGGACCAGAUCCAGACCAGGAGGCAGACCCUGACCCAGCUCAUAGACCAGCUGAACCAGCAGAGGAGGCAGUGUGAUCACCUGGGGGAGUCUCUGCAAAAGGCCCAGAAUGCAUUGCAGUCAUGUGAUCAUCAGCUGGCCCAGAUAAGGGCAGAGUUGGAGGCGGUGUCGAAUCAGCUGAUCAACUGGCAGCGAAUCAGAGACGAGUUGCAGCGCUGUGUGUCUGCUGCUCAGGACGUCAUGCAUAUCAACCUGCUCUCCUUCGACCAAUCACAGCUGUGUGUGGCGCUCAGGCCACGCCCCUCCUCUCACCUGUCCACCAAUCAGCUGGAGCCUCUGAAGCUGUCAGUCACCUGGAGUCAUGACGACCGCUUCCAUCUGGAGGUCGGAGGUGAGCUGUCCGGUCUGGUGGAGGGCUGUUCUACAGGUGGGCGUGGUCAGCUGAGCGCCGCCCUGCUGAACGUCCUGAGCAGUUUUGCCAUCGACUGGCGUGCGUCCCAGCGGCUGCUGGUCUACCUGAAGUCUGCGUCUCUGGUUUAUCACCUGGAGGUGGGAGAGGGGUAUCCCAGGUCCGGAAGAGUCCGACUCAGGUCUGUACGGCGGGACGGACUCGCCCUGGACUCAUCUGGACUACAGCCUGGUCGACCUGAUGCAUCUUUGACUGAGUGGUUGGUUUUACUCAGUGCCUCAUCUGAUGGACUGGACUAAUGGACUGGACUGGUCUAAUGA